CAAAGAUUCGGCGGUAAAUAUGUCUCCGACGAUCUUAUGCUUCUCCGGUGUGACGGUGCCGGCGAUUCCGUCAUCAAGUUCCGUCUCCGGAAACACUUGUCUCCGGUUGAUAGACACACAAUGUAGUACGAUGAGAGAACUUAAGCAAAUACAAGCCAAUCUCAUCAAAACCGGUUUAAUUUCCGAUACUGUUGCCGCGAGUCGUGUCCUCGCCUUCUGCUGUGCGUCUCCGUCAGACAUGAGUUACGCUUAUUUGGUAUUCACAAGGAUCAAUUACAAGAACCCAUUUGUGUGGAACACUAUAAUCCGUGGUUUCUCACGGAGCUCGUUUCCAGAGAUGGCGAUUUUGAUUUUCAUCGAUAUGCUGUGUUCUUCUCCGUCAGUGAAGCCACAGAGGUUGACUUAUCCUUCGGUAUUCAAAGCUUAUGCUAGACUUGGGCUAGCUCGUGAUGGGAGGCAAUUGCACGGGAGAGUUAUUAAAGAGGGACUUGAAGAUGACUCAUUUAUACGGAAUACGAUGUUGCAUAUGUACGUGACUUGUGGAUGUUUGGUUGAAGCUUGGAGAAUUUUUGUAGGGGUGAUGGGUUUUGAUGUUGUUGCUUGGAAUUCGAUGAUUAUGGGUCUUGCGAAAUGUGGAUUGAUUGAUCAGGCGCAGAAACUGUUUGAUGAAAUGCCGCAGAGGAAUGGAGUUUCUUGGAAUUCGAUGAUCAGUGGGUUUGUGAGGAAUGGUAGAUUUAAGGAUGCGUUGGAUAUGUUUCGAGAAAUGCAGGAGAGAGGUGUGAAACCUGAUGGGUUUACAAUGGUGAGUCUGUUGAAUGCUUGUGCCUACCUUGGAGCAAGUGAGCAAGGGAGAUGGAUACAUGAGUAUAUAGUGAGGAAUCGAUUUGAAUUGAAUAGUAUAGUUAUUACUGCACUCAUAGAUAUGUACUGUAAGUGUGGGUGCUUUGAGGAAGGUUUAAAGGUGUUUGAGUGUGCUCCUACGAAGCAGUUAUCGUGUUGGAAUUCGAUGAUUCUUGGUCUAGCUAAUAAUGGAUGCGGGGAAAGGGCCAUGGAUUUGUUCUUGGAGUUAGAGCGUACUGGCUUGGAGCCAGAUUCAGUCAGCUUCAUUGGUGUUUUAACAGCUUGUGCUCACUCCGGGGAAGUACAUAAAGCUGGUGAAUUUUUCAGAUUGAUGAGAGAAAAAUAUAUGAUUGAGCCAUCAAUAAAACACUACACUUGCAUGGUUAAUGUGCUGGGGGGAGCAGGGCUCCUCGAUGAAGCAGAAGCAUUGAUAAAGAAGAUGCCGGUGGAAGAAGACGCUAUUAUAUGGAGUUCUUUGCUUGCAGCUUGCAGGAAAAACGGUAAUGUUGAGAUGGCUCAACGCGCAGCAAACUGUUUGAAGAAUCUGGAUCCAGAUGAAACUUGUGGUUAUGUGCUCAUGUCUAAUGCUUAUGCUUCUUCUGGCUUGUUCGAAGAGGCUGUUGAGCAGAGGCUUUUGAUGAAGGAAAGACAAAUGGAGAAAGAAGUUGGCUGCAGUUCGAUUGAAGUGGAUUUUGAAGUUCAUGAGUUUGUAUCUUGUGGGAAAAAACAUCCUAAAUCCACAGAGAUUUACAGUUUACUCGGUAUCUUAAACUGGGAUGUCUCUACAAUUAAAUCAGGUUUCGCUACAUUGUUUGAUGCGACAACUAGGAUUGGUUUCACUUAUCUGGCAGAGAAAUAAGCAAUUUCAUAGUUUUGGAGAUGUAGCGAAAGAUAUCAUUUUAGGU